CAUAAAAAUCAGACCACUUUAAAUUCGAUCGUACGAUCUUACAAAGUUGUUUCUCCACACUGUUUCUUAGAAUAAGUGUUCGAAAUAAUUUUGUGACCUAUUCUAUCUAUUUUAAACAGAACAAUACUCUUCUGAAGACUAAAUUACUACUUGGAAAUAGGAGAGCAAACAGGCCUAAGUUAGGGACGACUUCGACAACGAAUAUAUAAUUUGAAUUCUUCUAUAACAGAUAAAACCCAAGAACAACAAAGAUGUCGGCCAAGGCUAUAUACGAAGCUACAGGAAAGGAUAUAAUAAACAGGAAUUUGCCUAUUAACACAGCUGCUGUACAGUGCCGAUUUGCUUCAGUUGGGCCAGAUACAAAUUAUUCUGAAUUGGUGGCCAAAAAUCCAUGGCUUAAGUCCGAGAAAUUGGUGGUUAAACCAGAUCAACUCAUCAAACGAAGAGGAAAAUUAGGUCUUAUCGCAGUCAAUAAAGACUUUGAAACUGUUAAGCAAUGGAUAGACCAGCGCAUGAACAAAGAUCAAAAAGUAGGGGAAGCAGUAGGAAAACUACGUAGUUUCAUAAUCGAGCCUUUUGUGGCACAUAAAGCAGAAGAAGAAGUUUAUGUUUGCAUAUAUUCAUCCAGAACCUGCGAUACCAUCCUUUUCUACCACCAAGGAGGUGUUGAUAUCGGAGAUGUUGACAGUAAAGCAGUAAAACUCGAGGUACCAGUUGGUUCAAACACAGACUUCGAUACUAUAAGUAAGACCCUUCUGAAAGAAGUUAAAGACGCCAAUAAAAAAUCCAUCAUAGGCACUUUCAUUUACAACUUGUAUAAACUUUAUGUAGAUCUAUAUUUCACCUAUCUUGAGAUUAAUCCUUUGGUUGUUACCGAGAAAGAGAUUUAUAUCCUUGAUUUGGCAGCAAAAUUAGAUGCUACAGCUGAUUUCAUCUGCAAACCUCAAUGGGGUGAAAUUGAAUACCCUCCACCAUUUGGAAGAGAUGCUUUUCCAGAGGAAGCAUAUAUUGCUGAUUUGGAUUCCAAAUCUGGUGCUAGUCUAAAACUGACAAUUCUCAAUAAAUCUGGAAGGAUAUGGACUAUGGUUGCUGGAGGAGGAGCAUCAGUUAUUUAUAGUGACACCAUUUGUGAUCUGGGAGGGGCUAAGGAACUAGCCAAUUACGGAGAAUAUUCAGGUGCUCCAACAGAACAGCAAACCUACGAAUAUGCUAAAACUAUCUUGGGUCUGAUGACACAAGAGAAACAUCCACAAGGAAAGGUUUUGAUCACAGGAGGUGGAAUAGCUAAUUUUACAAAUGUGGCUGCAACAUUCAAGGGUAUCAUCACGGCUCUAGUUGAAUUUCAGGCCAAAUUGAUAGAGCAUAAGGUUUCCAUUUUUGUUCGAAGGGCUGGUCCUAACUAUCAAGAAGGUUUGAGAAGGAUGCGGGAGGUUGGACAGACCUUAGGAAUUCCUUUGUAUGUUUUUGGUCCAGAAACUCACAUGACUGCAAUUUGUGGUUAUGCUUUAGGAACCCGUCCAAUACCCAAAGAAAACAAUGUAGAAUUUGCAACUGCAAACUUUUUGCUGCCAAGUGGAGAAAAGCAACCCAAUAAGAAAUGUUUAGAUUCCAACGAAAAAAAUAGUUCAUGUUCUUUAUCGUGUUCGAAGAAAGAAAAGGUCCAAAUGAAGGUUGUAAUUCCAACAGAAAUACCACAGGGCGAUGCUACGGAUUCGUCUGCAAAAGUUAUGUUCACUAAUGGCACUAAAGCCAUAGUAUGGGGUAUGCAGUCUAGAGCUAUUCAAAGCAUGCUUGAUUUCGAUUUUGUGUGCAGCAGGCCAGAACCAAGUGUAGUUGCAGUCAUUUAUCCUUUCACUGGGGACCACAAGCAAAAGUAUUAUUGGGGUCACAAGGAAAUCCUUAUUCCAGUUUAUAAAAAAAUGCAAGAUGCUAUGAACAAACACCCCACGGCUGAUGUACUCGUCAACUUUGCUUCCUUAAGAUCAGCCUACCAGAGCACUAUAGAAACUAUGGAAUUCCCACAAAUUAGGACCAUAGCUAUAAUUGCGGAGGGUAUUCCAGAGAACCAAACAAGGAAACUGAUCAAAUUGGCUAAUGAGAAGAAAGUAUCCAUAAUAGGCCCAGCCACUGUAGGUGGAGUGAAACCAGGUUGUUUCAAAAUUGGUAAUACUGGUGGUAUGAUGGAUAACAUUCUUCAUUCUAAACUGUACAGACCAGGAAGUGUGGCUUAUGUUUCAAGAUCUGGUGGUAUGAGCAAUGAAUUGAACAAUAUUAUAUCGAAAGCCACUGAUGGUGUCUAUGAAGGUGUAGCUAUUGGAGGUGACAGAUAUCCAGGAACCACAUUUAUGGACCAUAUAAUGAGGUAUCAGGCAGAUCCCAACGUUAAAAUGAUUGUUCUUCUUGGAGAAGUCGGUGGUGUUGAAGAAUACCAAGUCUGUGAUGCUCUUGAAACCAAAAAGAUCACUAAACCACUUGUUGCUUGGUGCAUAGGUACAUGUGCUGGCAUGUUUACUGCUGAAGUGCAGUUUGGACAUGCUGGAUCUUGUGCGAACUCUAACAGAGAGACGGCCACUGCCAAAAAUGAGGCUUUGCAAGCAAAAGGUGCCUAUGUUCCAGAAUCCUUUGAUUACCUUGGUGAUUUAAUCCACGAAGUGUAUGCUACUCUUGUGAAUAAGGGAAUUAUUGUGCCUGCGGCCGAAGUUCCCCCACCCACUGUACCCAUGGACUACAGCUGGGCUAGAGAGUUGGGAUUGAUUAGAAAGCCUGCUAGUUUUAUGACUUCAAUUUGCGACGAGAGAGGACAAGAACUUAUUUAUGCGGGUAUGCCAAUUUCUGAUGUUUUACAGAAAAAUGUAGGUAUUGGUGGCGUCAUAUCCCUCCUCUGGUUCCAACGUUGCUUACCUUCUUAUGUCUGCAAGUUCUUUGAAAUGUGCUUAAUGGUUACUGCAGACCAUGGACCUGCUGUAUCUGGAGCUCACAACACCAUAGUGUGCGCAAGAGCUGGUAAAGAUUUGGUGUCCAGUGUAGUUUCUGGAUUAUUGACUAUCGGCGAUAGGUUCGGAGGUGCUCUUGAUGGCGCUGCAAAGCAGUUCAGCGAAGCUUACGAUUCAGGCCUACAUCCAGCAGAAUUUGUAAACUCAAUGCGUAAUAAGGGUCAAUUAAUUAUGGGUAUUGGACAUAGGGUAAAAUCGAUAAAUAAUCCUGAUCAAAGAGUGAAAAUCGUUAAGGAGUUCGUGAUGGCAAAUUUUCCAGGCACACCGCUCUUGAAAUAUGCCCUGGAAGUAGAGAAAUUGACCACAAGUAAAAAACCUAACCUUAUUUUGAACGUAGAUGGUGUUAUCGCAUGUUCAUUUGUCGAUAUGCUAAGGAAUUGUGGGAGCUUUACCAGUGAGGAAGCCCAGGAGUACAUAAAUAUAGGUGCCAUAAAUUCCUUAUUCGUUCUGGGUCGUUCAAUAGGAUUCAUAGGCCAUUUCAUGGAUCAGAAGAGGCUUAAGCAAGGUCUCUACAGACAUCCCUGGGACGAUAUUUCAUAUGUUCUUCCUGAACAAUACAACAAUUAAAAUUUCCUGGAAAAAUUUUCGAUUAGUAUACAUACAUUUGUUUUACUUUGGGAAGUAAAAGAUGUGGAUGAUAAAAAUGCAGGGAUGUUAUGUGAAGAGUGAAAUGACCAGAAUGCAUUUUGUGACAAAAAACUUUUAGUGUGGCUCAUACAAAAAUUCGACUUAACUCACAAUAAUUUGAAUAUAUCAACCAAAUUGUUUUUUUGUGGCAUUUCUUGUUCUGUUAAUCCAACUUUUGUGUAACCAACCAUUAGAUAAGCAUCUACAAUUCCAACAUCUGUGCAAUAUCUUUGUAAUUCUUUUGAUUUUCACUCUUAGGUUAAAGUAACAGAUUUUUGGUCGGGUUUUCUUUUAUAUUAUGAAAAGUUUUAUGGACUGAAAAUUUUAUUACAUGUGAAAAAAAUUGUGAAUUUUAGUGCGAGGAAGAAAAUUAAAAAGAAACAUCAGGAGAGAAGAUUUCUUUCCUUUUUAUAUUUUUUUAUUGGAUGUUCUAGUUCAUGUUAAGAAAAUUAUAUUUAAUAUUUAUUUGUAUCAUCUAUAAGUUCAAAUAUAAUAUAAAAUAAUA